GUGUGAUCUUUCAAAUUUCAAUUAUCCCGCACACUACACCAGCGCUACGCACAGAUUAUAUUAGACCUAGUUUCUGGACAUGAGCCGAUUGUUGACAGUAUAGUCCUUCAUUUACAUACAGUAUAUUGUUGGUGAAAGUUUUCGUUAUAUAUAAGCAUGUGAAUUAUUACAGUACUUGGAUGAGGAAAUUAAGUUUAUAAUUAUGGAAGAUGUGAAACCAAUUGUGUUCACUGUACUAGGUGAAGAUUUGCUUCAAGAUCAAAUUGAGGUGGAUGAAAAACCAAUUUUCGUAGCUCAAGAUUGUCCGACACAGAUUGUUUCCCAAUACAUGGAAAAACAGAGUAAAAAAAGAAAACAUAAGAAAAAGUUGAAAUUUACACACAUAAAACAAAGACAUAAACCACAAUCAAGCAACUCUCUUAUCACACAAUUACCACUCAAGACUGUACCAUCCAAUAUUCAGAAAGAAGUUGAUUUUAUAGACAUGAGUAAUUUUUCUGACAACGAACAAGCAAUAGUCAGUGAGAAUGUUCUCAACAAUGACAAUAACUACAGUGAUUUACAAAUAGAAAAUGUAUCAAAAGCAGAGUAUUUUAAUUUCGAAAACAGUAAUGAUGCAAUAUCAAUAACAUACUCAAUAAGUGAGGAAGAGUCUGAAUCUGUGGAUCCUUUACAAACUACUUAUAAUAUGGAAACCAAAGAAGACUUCAAUCCCCUAGAAACUGACAUCAAACUAUUUAUACCUUACAUUAGAAAACUCUGCGAGAAUUGCAAAAAAGUCACGGAGUUAGUGACCGAUACUCUUUCAAAUAAAAAAUGUCAUUUAUGCAAAAAUCUAGUUACUACAUAUUGCUGCAUAUUUUGUUUAAAAAUUAAAAGCCUUACCGACAUGUACAUCCAUAUUUUCAAGUUUCACUACGACAAAGUAACAUCGAGUAACGGUCCGAUGAAAAACAACACGGCCUGUGACUCCGUUUGCAGUAAAUGUGGCUCGCACGUUGAAAAUGGAGAAAAUUUAAAAGAGCAUGAGUCGACUUGUAGCGUACUGGCAAAUCUUUUCUGUAGAUUCUGUAUACGAAAAACGAGGCUUAAACGAGAAAUGAGAGAACAUAUGAUUAACGCUCACAGACACUUAUUCAAAAUGAAUGAAUUAGAAAAUAUACUCGAUGAAAUUGUUCACGAAGCCGACGCUGUAAUUAGUUUACUGACACAGCACAGUGGCCACUGUACCACUUGCAAGAAACAAAUACCUUUGAUUUAUCCAAUUCAACAAAGUUCAACUCACUGCUAUACUUGUUCAACUGAACUGGUAUAUUACUGCAGCAAUCUUCGCUCUGGCUGUUCAUCGCGUCCUUUUACAAAACUAUCUUCUCUACAACUGCACUUGCGAUAUCAUGCCAACAAGGGUUGGGUGAAAAAAUUUAAUAAACAAACCAGCCUCACGCGCAUUUGCCAUUUGUGUGGAUAUGAAGAUGAACGUUCUAAAGUGAAAGAUCACAUGAUGAAGAAGCAUUCAGACAUAUUUCUCUGUAAAUGUGAUUUAUGUGGUGCGAGUUUGAAAAAUAUAAAAGCGUGGAAAAGGCAUCAAGCAAAAUAUUGUCCAGUUUUCCACCAAAAGCUACAAUGCGGACAUUGUUGGUUUUUGUGCUUUACGAAAAAAAGAUUAAGGAGACAUUUAAAGACUGUUCAUACGCAUUUGUAUACGGGAAAAAGACCGCAAUGUGAAAAAUGCGGAAUCACUUGGGCGGGAUUGUAUAGACUACGUUGGCACGACAGUCGAUGCAGUGGAGAUUUUGAAAUUGAAAAAGCCAAGCAGAGAGAACUUUGGGCCAUGCAAGGCGCAGUUCCUUUAAUAUAGUAUUUAUUACGUUUAUAAUUAAAGUAUUCAUAUUAAAGUAGCUUUUCUACGUUUCUUUUGAGUAAGUUAUACAAACAAAUUAAAUAAGCGCUAACAAAUAUCUGGUGCUAAUGAAGAAAUUACGCUUUAAAAAUAUGUGAUUAAAAAAGAUUUUUGUAUCUACAAAGCUUACACGCAUUACGGAUUAAUCUUCUGUAUCAAUACAAUUUUUCUGUAUACAUUUUUUAAAUAUUAUAUAGUUUUUAUAUAGCCUAUAUAAUAUAAGUAGAUUUUGAGAGCACUUUUACAAAAUACACUUUACUAUAGAUCAAAGUUAUAUAUUUACUAUCUAUUGAUAUAAAAAAUGUAUUUUACAUUUUUUAAAUAUUAUUCAUAAAGGUAAUUUAAUUUUUG